CAUACCAGCAUCGGCUUUCUUCAACUUCCAAUCACUCAUUGUUUCAUCCGUUGGAAUCACUAGAAAAUGGCGUCUUGCAAUUGUUUCAUCUUAGCCUUGUUUGCAGCACUGAUGUUUUCCAUCAUUGAUGUCGGUCUAGCAGCUCGUCGUCUUCAGCAGUUACCGCCCAUACCUACUAUACCAACUUUGCCGAAAACAGGGCUGCCACCAAUGCCGCAGCCGGCGAUACCGACUUUACCGGCCCUGCCGAAGCCUGGCUCGCUACCGCCACUUCCUAGCAUUCCCAACUUGCCUAGUGUCCCAAAGGUUACCCUGCCACCACUGCCGAGCUUCCCUUCGAUCCCCACGAUUCCGACAACUAUUCCGUCUAUUCCUUUCCUCUCUCCACCACCAUCAUCAACUACCAGUCCGUGAGAUGCUGUCAGUGGUUCAACUUUCUUUAGUAUGGAGAUGGUAGACACGGUUUCACUCGUAUAUAUACUUCCUAUUGUUUUAUGUUGAGUUUCACUCGUAUAUUUCACUACACUUCCUAUUGUUUUAUGUUGACAUUUAUUUUCAUCAUCUUAUAUUGCUAUUUCUUGUACCUUGUGAUUUUCUAUAUGGAUUUGGAUUCUAUUUUGUGUAUGCCUA